AAUGGCACCUUUGAUAAAUUGGAGUCUCUCGAAUUGAUAGAUUUACCCAAGUUUAGAGAGAUAUGCAAUGGAAAUCUUCCAAGGGUUGUCUUCAAAUCUCCAUUGUUCUGUAACCUUAUGAUGGUUAAGAUGCAUUUUUGUAAAGCAAUUACAAGCUUGUUUCAGGAGUCAAUUGUAAUAUGCUUGGUAAAUCUCCAAAGUCUAGACAUAUGCGAAUGUCCGCUAUUAGAGGAAGUUGUUUCAAAGGAUGCACGAGUAGACGAAGUUACCAAAACUUGCAAAACGCUUGAGUUUCCAAAACUUAAAAAAAUCAAGCUUGAAUCUUUGAGGAGAUUUAAGAGCUUCACAUCUCAAUCAAAUAGUAGUGUUGUUCAUCAAGCAUUGUUCAACCAGGUCUACUUUCCUAAGAUGGAGGUGCUGAAUAUUUAUAACUUGGAUUGUAUAGUAAAGCUACUAGGCAAGGAAAUGCCAAUAACAUCUCUGCAUAAACUAACAGCCAUAAGUUUGUACGAUUGUGUUGAAUUGCAGUCCAUUGAAGAAUCUGAUUCAAUUCAGUUACUUGAAAAUGUUGUUUAUCUUAGUGUGAAGAGAUGUAAUGCACUUGAAGAAUUGUUUGACGUUGAUGGUAUAAAGGUCACUAAUGAUGAUGCAGAGAUUAAUAUGUUUGGUCGAUUACGAACAUUGUGUCUACAAUCAUUACCGGAAUUGGAGCAUAUUACAAGGAUGGUUCCAAAAGGAAUUCGUGUCUUCCAAAAUUUGACAGAUCUUACAGUUGAAGAUUGCAAUAGAUUAAGAUACUUAUUUUCACCUUCUAUAGUCAACUCACUUGUGGCCCUAGAAUAUUUAUCAAUUGAAAAUUGCGAAGCAUUGCAAGAAAUCAUUGGAAGAGAAAAAGAAGAAGAAAACACUUCUGAGACAAGAAAUAUUGUCAACAAACCUCCAUCAAACCUCCAUCACUUAAGGCAAGUUGUUUCAAUGGAUGCAAAACAAAAUGAAGUUAUUGAUAUUCUUGAGUUCCCAAAAUUAAACAAACUCAGGCUUUGCGAUUUAAGCAAUUUUAAGAGCUUCAGAUCUGAAUCGAACAAUGAUGGCAUUCUUCAAACAUUGUUCAACCAGGUUACAUUGCCUAACAUGAAGGAGGUGGACAUUAGUGGAUUGCAGUAUAUAGUAAUGUUAGUGAAUAUAGAGGAAAUGCCAGUACGACACAUGAGGGUAAAGGAUUGCUAUAAUCUACGGACCAUUUCACAACUUGAUUCGAGUAAAUCAUUACAAAAUCUUGAAAUACUUGAAGUAGAAGGAUGUAAAGCACUGGAAGUACUGUUUGACUUUGAAUGUCUAAAGGUUACAAAAGAUCAUGCUGAAAGUGUAUUUGGUCGAUUGAGAUCGCUAAAGCUAGAAUCUUUGGACAAGUUAGUGCACAUUAUGGGCAUCGUUUCUAAAGGAAUUCGUGUCUUCGAGAAUUUGACAUCCAUUGUUGUUGAAAAAUGUGGCAACUUAGAGUAUCUAUUCUCAACUUCAAUGGCCUAUUCUCUUGUUUCUCUAUACGUUCUAGAAGUUUCAGAUUGUAAAUCAAUUAAAACGAUUAUUGGAAAAGAAGAAGAAAAAGAAGGCACUUCAGAGAUCAAAACAGUUGAAGCAAUGAAAACCAGAAUUGCAUUCCCUAAUUUAAACCGCCUACUACUCAAGAAUCUUUCAAGUAUUCAAAUGUUUUGCUCUGAAAAUUGUGAACUUGUGUUUCCUUUAUUGAAGGACUUGACCAUUAAAAAUUGCCCUAUGAUGAAAGAAUUGAGUCCAUGGCCAGUAAGUGCACCAAAGCUUGAUACUUCCGAUUUGUUGGAUAAGGCAGGCGGCUUGGCAGAGGAGGAUCAAGUUUGUAACAAAUAAAAAUUACUUGAGAAAUAUGAAGUUCAUUAUUUCCUAAGUAUAAAUUCUAAUGCAGUCAUUUCUUAUCUAUACAAUAUCUAUUUGAAGUCUA